GACCAAGACAAGUCGGUUUUAGUGAACAAUUUCGAGAAAAGGGGAUGGGUACCUUGUGCCGAAGACGAGGACUGGAAUUUUUAUUGUUAAGGGACUAACCGGUCAAGUCACUGGAGGAUCGUCUUGCACAAAGUCAUGUCGCCCGGCUUCUGUUUUUUAGGUCAAUUAUUUUAUUAAGGAUGUUACCAAGGCAACAUCAUGAAGGCAAGAUAAUAUAUUCCAAUUUUUGGCCUAAAUACCUUUACUUUCCUGUGGUGAACACAGUCUUCAUACUUUGCUACAUUAUGGAAAUGACAUUGCCUGACCUUUUGAAAUGGUAAAAGCCUGAGGGCCAGCGUGCAGACAGUAAGAACUAUAUUUAAUGUGGACACCGGAUACAGGCUUGGAGAUGAUCAAGUUAUCAAUCACUUCCCUAACCACUAUGAGCUGACAAGAAAAGAUAUGAUGAUGAAAAAUAUAAAAAGAUACCGUAAAGACUUAGAUAAAGAGGGCAAUCCUGUGUCAGAAAAAGAUGAUCUGGGGAGAUACCUUCAUCUUGAUUUUAUUCCAGUUACAUUCAUCUUGCCAGCAGAUUAUAAUCUUUUUGUGGAGGAAUUUAGAAAAAAUCCAUCCAGCACGUGGAUCAUGAAGCCGACUAAUAAAUCCCAAGGCAAAGGGAUUUUUCUAAUCAACAGGCUGUCUCAGUUGAAGAAAUGGUCUAAAGACAGUAGGGGAACACCACUUGUUCACCCAAGUGGAAAGGAUGCCUAUGUAAUAUCCAGAUAUAUUGAUAAUCCAUUGCUUAUUGGUGGCAAAAAGUUUGACCUGCGUAUCUAUGUCUUGGUGACAUCCUAUCGGCCACUUAAGUGCUACUUGUACAAACUCGGAUUCUGCCGAUUUUGCACUGUCCAGUACAAUGCAAGUCUGAGUGAACUUGACAACAUGUUUGUUCACCUGACAAAUGUUGCAAUUCAAAAGUAUGGGGAAGAGUAUAAUCCAAUUCAUGGAGGUAAAUGGACUGUGAAAAAUUUACAAUUUUAUCUUGAAGGAACAAGAGGGAAGGAGGUUACUGAUAAACUAUUUGAUGACAUAAACUGGUGCAUUGUUCACUCCCUAAAGGCUGUUCAGAAUGUUAUAGCCAAUGAUAGGCACUGCUUUGAAUGUUAUGGUUAUGACAUUAUCAUUGAUGAUAAUCUGAAACCUUGGCUUAUAGAGGUGAAUGCCUCUCCUUCAUUAACGUCCACCACAUCUGCUGACAGAAUUAUGAAGUACAAUCUAAUACAUGACACUCUCAGUAUUGUGCUACCUAAUGGGGAAAUUCCAGAUGUUAGAUGGAAUAAGAUACCGUCCAAAGAUGCUCUGGGAAAUUUCGAAGUACUAUAUGACGAAGAGUUAGCCAGUCAAGACUCCUUGGAAAGAGACUCGCGAUCCAGAACAGGACAAACAGCAGCUUCUCGAGUUACUAAAGAAGGCAAAAUCAAGCAAGCUACGUGGAAAUAGACUGCAGUCACUUAAUGCUGAUUAGAGCCGUCUACUCUCGAAGGAUCAGAACUCAACUCAGCUUGAUAAUCCCCGCUCCCCUAUGUCUUUUUUUUUCGGUACCAUGCACGCAGUAAAAUACUUCAACGAAUAGAUGUGCGAGCUGAAAGUAGGGCUGUUUAAAGGUGUUAUGAAGUAUAAAGAUACGUUCAUUGCAAUUGGCAGCGAUGUCGCAGUACAAAGAUGAAUGUAGCCACAUUGUUAAUGCUGUUAUCGAAAAUGCUUUAAUAGUUUUUGGCGACUUGAAAAGCAAAAGACCGAUAGACGGUCCACACAGUCUAUUGCUGAUACUUAAAUGAUUGGUGUAUAUUUCAGUUGAGUAGCGUGGUGCCAAACUAUUGAUGCAUUUAGGUACCAUUCAAGAAAAGUUUGUAUUUCAAGUUACGCCAUCGUAGUAAUUGUCUACUUUCCAGUACAUUUUGAUACAAAGUCCUCUACUAGCUGGAGGUAGUGCAAAGUCUUGGUUAGAGUGUUACCCCGUGUAAAAGGUGACUAAACACAAGGUCAUAAAUUAA